AAACAUUGAGAGCCUCGAACAAAGGCCAUUACCAGUGUCCAAAUCGAACAAGACCAGCCCUCUCUUCUAAUACUCCAAGAUUUCACUCUCUCCAUUUUUUUGUUUUUAUUAAUAAUAUCGCUCUCUUAAAUUCCUUUUUCUCGCCCACCAAGCACAAAGCCACUGCCAAAAGAAUUUGUCUAGAAUCGUUAAUCACCAACCCAGCCCAACCACCACCCUUUCUUCGCCGAUUCUUGCUUGUGAUUGUCGUGGUUUUUUCUUGGAAAAGAAUAAAUAACUCUCGUGAUUUGUGGGGUCUUGAUUACAUGCACCGUGUGGGGUACGUGAAACAAGGGAGAGUGUUAGUGGCUUAGUGAGAACCCAAAGGCAGGUGGUGGUGUUAGCGAAGAUGGUGUUAGGCCAGGUGGUGAAGGUUCAAAGACAGGAAAUAGAGGCAUGCAUGACCUGUUAUCUUUGCAACAAGCUCUUCAGAGACGCCACUACUAUCUCUGAGUGCCUCCAUACUUUUUGCAGAAAAUGCAUAUACAAGAAGAUAACUGAUGAGGAGUUGGACAGUUGUCCAGUUUGUGAUACUGAAUUAGGUUGUUCUCCGCUCGAGAAGCUCAGGGCAGACCACAGCUGGCAAGAUUUAAGGGCCAAAAUCUUCCUUUCCAAUAGAAAGAAGGCCAAGGAACCUGAAACAGUGUCCUUGGUCCCAGAAGGCGUGCCCUCGGUCCCAGAAACUGCGCCAGCAGUCCCAGAAGCCAUGCCAAUCCAAGAAGCUGAUCGCCCAGUUCCAUUGAUAGGUAGAAGAAAGGAGAGAUCUCUCUCUUCAUUGGUAGUCAGCACACCUAAGAUAUCCGUCAAGUCUUUUCUGACGGGAAAAAGAUCAAAACCUAUUGCCAGAAAACGAGAAUCUCCUGUUCUCAUUAAGGAGCUGGUUAAGAAAGUGGACGGUUACUAUGAGAGCUUAAGCUCGCCCGAGACUUUAAGCAAAAUUGCACAAAAUAAAAGGCAGAAUUCUUCUACUGCCGAGUCACCCAAACAACACAAGCCUAAUAAAGUUGCAGAGGAUGGUGUUAAACCAUGUAAAGGGAAAGCUGAUUUUUGGAAACCCUUAAAUUGCUCGGUUGAAGCUUCAAGCAAAACAAAGUCUAAUAAGUCAGAACUACAGGAAAUUCUUGUCCAAAUAAAGAAGCUUGAUGCCCAGGAGAAAGCUCAAUCACUCAAAACCAGUGUUAAGGAGCACGGUGAUAAAUCGAAAGUUAAUGGUGAAGAAUCUAACUUGACUGCAUCGCCUUCAGUUUCCGUGAAACCUAGACGGCUGCAAGGCAUGCAACAAAAAAGAGCAGCUCCCUCUGAGGGGUUGAAUAUUCCAGCACAGACUAUUGUCGAUGCAAACAGUAAAUGUGAUACAAGAUUUAGUCCCAUUUGGUUCUCAUUAGUUGCUUCUGAUCAUGAGCAGGGUGGAAGUGCGCCCUUGCCACAGAUAUCUUCGUGCUACUUGAGGGUUAAGGAUGGUAAUUUGCCAGUUUCAUACAUAAAGAAGUAUCUUGCCCAGAAGCUGGGUCUUGUUAGGGAAGCUGAGGUGGAGAUUUCAAUGCGUGGUCAGCCAGUGGUUUCAACGAUGCAGCUGCAUAACUUGGUAGACUGGUGGUUGCAGACAGCUUCAGCAUCUGAAAGAAUACGGACAACUGUGGGCGGUUCAGCUAAAGAUUUUGUGAUGGUUCUCUCGUAUGGUCGCAAAGCUCAUCCUCCGUAAACAUCUUCGCUUCAGCGGCGAAAUGCCAUCUCUUGCAACAGUGAUCUUGGUCAAGGUGGUCGGAAACAAACAGCGUGUUUUGCAUCAUCGUGAAUGCACAGCCGAUGAAUUUGCUAAAACCACUCUGCUUUCUCUCCUUUUCAACUUUUCUUGUAAGGAUAGUAGACAUAGUAGAAACUAUACAAAAGUUGUAGACGAAUAUGGAUUGUUUAUUUUAUUAUUAGCAGAUUUGGGGAUUCUGGACUAAUGCCUGAAUCCAUGGAUUAAAUUUAAAACAGUUCAAUGAGGAUUCAUGCUACUAGCCGAAGCCAAAGCCAGGUUGGGCAUGACCUUAGAAACAUCUGGUUGUGCUGGGCUAGAAUGGUCAAUUGGCGACCAUUUUACAUAGAGUAAAUUAGGUUCAUGCUGAAGAGCGAGGAAAAAAAACACAUAAGAAAUCCCUGUCUAAGAUAAGAGCAACUUUGAUGUGCAAUUGGCAUAUACUCCUUCCGCCUUUUCCCCUAUUUAUCCCUCUUGUUCGGUUCAUGACAAAGAAGCAUACAGACAUUGUUAUUCUUGACAUCAAGAUUUCAGACCUCGAAUUGGAAAAGAAGGUUUGUGUGAUAAUUUCAAAAUUCAAAGCCAGCAACAUUCUGCCUCUUCACCACAAAAAAAAGACAACGAUACUCAAUUGUAGAUUCUAGCUUAUCCAAAGCCAAGGAAUCAAGGCACGUAAAUCAUCAAUAUAGGGGCUGUUAAAAAGAGAAGAAGCCGUUACUGUUUACUAUGCAGGAUGUUGAUUUUACGUCCUCUGAUAUCUGAAAAAAAUUGUAAAUAUUCAGGUUCUGGCUAAAAGCAAAUCUCAAGAGAACAAUUGCAACCUCUCAGUAUCUGCAGCAGCUGCUUAAAAGGAAGCCGGUAAACAAGAUGCAAAGCAGAUAUAUUUGAGAUUUACUUUUAGCCAUAAAUCAAGGAAAUGAAUAAAUAAAAUUCAUGUAUAGCAGGGAUCAUCUUGGUCCCAGAUUUCAAGUCGAAGCAUGAUCUCGGUUCCAUGUCCUACAAUAACAGAUAACAUCAUCAUUAACUUGACCUUGACGUCCUAAGUUUUCAGGCUUGCUCCUGUGCUUUGAUACAGGUAUGAAGCAACAGAGAAACAUCAAUCAACAAAGAUCAUGCCCACGG